AUGACAUACGUACUUACGUGGAGUGGAAUGACAACAUCCGAGGAUAGCUUUUCAAUAUUGACUUUUUCUUAUCAGCAUGUGUUGAUAAAUCCCUAAUCUCAAAGAUCAUGAUAAACUUAGCAACUAUAUUCUGCAGAGGAAUUUUCAUCAUUUCAGUUGUUGAAAUCAACGCCUGUGGGCGGGAUAACUGUAAGAUCUACCCCUCAAAGUGUACAAAUAGAUGUACAACAACAGCGAUACCAAGGACUAGACCUCGGCUUGACACCUCGAAAAACACAGUAACCACUAUCCCACUGCUCUAUACCAAUCCUGUAACAUCAAAAACACCAUCCCCGACAGCUAGAUACCCCAACACAACGGCCAUCCCAUCCUCUACUGAACAGAAGAAAGAAACGUGUCGAUUAGGAUGCAUCGCAACUCUGACUGUUAUAUCCGUAGGAUGUAUUGUCGCAAGUAUCACCGGAACCGUGGUUUGUUGCAUCGUAAGAGCGCCAAAAGCUGCAUCUGCAAACGAACCACCAGUUGUUUCUUACAUUGAUCAUGUCGGUUACGAUAGUUUACAAGCAAGGUAUUUUGAAAUGGAUGGGACCUAUACAAGUCUAAGGUAUGAUGAAGACGCCAUACUACAAACGAUAACCGGAAACAACGAUAUGCCGACAUACUGCACAAUAAUUGAAUGACAAAUUUUGAAUGUAGACAUCUAAGGUCAAACCAGGAGAGGCCAUACCAAGACCUUCAGUCCACUUUUAUGAAUAUCAACAUUGUUAUUGGUGGCAUAUUCCGGAUUACUUCACUUACAUGGGACAUCGGUAGUAACACACCACUGCCGUAUUGCGUGAAGAUAUCUUUUCUGAUUUGAACAUAUUUUAUUGUACAUACAUGAUAUACAAAAGGAUCAGAAACAAGUUCAAAUAACUUACGAGUUCUUCUCCUUAUCUUUUCUACGAACUAUUGACGGGAUCUGAUGUGUUCCUGAAUUUGGAUGGUCCUAAGACAAUGCUCAUUUACCUGAUCAAGAUAUUGGGCUCACGGCGGGUGUGACCGAUCUACAGUGGAUGUUUACACCUUCUAGGCACCUGAUCUCACCUCUGGUUUGUCCAGGGGUCCGUGUUUGCCCAACUAUCUAUUUUGUAUUGCUUGUGGGAUUUAUGAAAUUGAUUACUGUUCGUUAUCUUCACCCUUCAUUUUACAUUAGCGGACACUGUACAUUUAUAUUAGAUAUUCAAAGACGCAUUGUAUUUUGAUGAAAGAAAAUGUUUUCCAUUUAAGUAGCAUUACAUUGUGGACUGCUUUACAUAAUGGUUCUGCAUGUGUAUUGAAAACAUCUAUAUACGAUCAGGUUUUGUAAGACCCAAUGAAAAUAUUGUAUCCCCUCUAAACAAUUGUUCAGAAUGCACUACGCUGGAAUUUGGCUUUCGAAUCUCAAACGUGUUGACCCUAUCAUGUAACCCAUUCCGCUUUCUGUUUUCAAAGUUGUACAGUAACAUAGCAACAUCUUAAAACAUGAAUUCUGUUCACUGACCAGUAUCGAAGACCCGCCACGGUAUCAACAGCUGGUGGGGUCCAAUUUGGAGUCAUAAAAAGUAUCAACUAUCGAGCAUUAUUUAUUGACGCUUUUGAUAUUUGGACAUAAUUCAUGCGUAUCCAAAGAUUUUACAAGUUUCGCGUUCCUGUGAUUGUUCACGGGAUCCAUAACUGUUUCGGAGCAUCCAACAUUGAUGAAAUGUUUUCACAACUACCCUAAAAUCAAAUGUUAUGACCGCUGAUAACGGGUGGGAGAAUUCAAAGUAACAUAAAUGAUUAAAUUAUCAACCAAUGCUACCAACAUUAUCACCAUAUGUAAAACUUAUACGGUACCAAUUUUGAUGCACCAGAUGCGCAUUUCGACAAAUAAUGUCUCUUCAGUGAUGCUCAACUGAAAUGUUUGAAAUCCGAAAUAACUCUGAAGUAAUAGAGCUAAAUAUAGCCAAAAAACAGCGUGCCAAAAAAGUGGUGCCAAAUUCGUCCAAGGAUAAGAGCUAUGCAUGAGGGAGAUAAUCCUUAAUUUUGAAAUGAAUUUCUAAAUUUUAUAACAGCAAUUAAAUAUACAUCCGUAUUUUCAAGCUAGUAACGAAGUACUUAGCUUCUGGGCUGUAGAGAAACCACAUGUCAGUUAAAGCUAAUAUAGGAAUUCUUUGCAAAUGUGUAAUACCCAUUAAAAUUUCCCUUGCAUAUAUAUUGAGGAUGUUCAUGUAAUCAUUUGGUUACAGUACACGACACGAGUUUUAUGCGUGUUCCACGCAACGCGGUGGAACAAAUUUGCCCCAAACACGGUGGACCUUUAAAAUUGUCGACACCUUUGAAGUCCUAUUUUUCCGCGCGAGCUAGACAUUGAAGUCCACGGAGGAUCUCUGUGGAUGCCACCGCGCAUCUCCGUGGAUGUCACCUGUACCUCCGUCGAUGCCACCGUGUACCUCCGUGUGAUAAAACAAAGAAAUAAUUUCCGAAAUGAUUCACCCCAAAAACCUUUUCGUGUAGCCAGCAUGCAUGCCCCCACCCCAUUUAUUUAGAAAUUAGCUAUAAAUCAUUCAAUUCUUGUAAUUGUUGUUUAAUGAUACGUUGGUGUUUUCGGUACAUAUCCGUAUGUAGACUUCCCUGCAGACGUUCAUACCUUUUUAUGAAACGCCCAAAUUCUCGACAUCCUGUAUAUAAACACCUGUGUUAUUCCCACCACUCGUCGGUACAUUGUUUCAUGGCACGUGCAGCACAAUUUCACCAGAUAAAAGAAGGAUCAUGAACAACGACAAUCACAUGCCAGUAAUUUCAAUUUGAUAAGUAGCAGUUCAAAGAAACGUGUACGAUAAGCAAUGGUUUAUUUUUACGUAAAAAUUUCAUUGUAAUUAGGAAUAUGUGAUUAAGGUCUGCUAUAUACUUGUACAUGUUUACAUUGCAUAUGAAUUUCAUUAUAUACUCAACUGUGAAGCAAUGUGAGCAAAGAAUCAAAUUUUUACCACCUACACAAAUAAAUAUUAAGAAUAUCUUUCCUUUUAAACAAACCUUUAGAAAACUCCGUACUUUCAUUAAGAAAAUAAUCAAAUAAAAUGUGUUUCCCUACCUAGAAUGCCCAUACUUCACAUUAAUAAUAACACGGUUUUUAUUUUUUUAUAUUUUUUUAACUUGAUAAAUACUUUAUUACACGAAUGUAUUAUUUACUAAAUGUAUAUAUAACAGCUUUUUUGUCUUUAUAUUUUUGUAUACCAUUUCAUAAUGGUGAUGAGAUCCAAUAAAUUGAAUUGAGUA